AUGACUAAUUCUGCUAUCAUAGAAACGGUAGCUGAGUUAAACGAAAGAAGUGAUGACGAUGACGAAAAUAGUAUUGUAUCAGAUUUCAAAAAAGCGUUCGAUAAAGAAAAAUUUCUACUUCAAACUUUUGGAGUGUACCCACUAGUUGAUCCAAAAAUUAGGUUUCAACGACUGCGUUGUUUCCUGUGUUACAGUAUUAACGUAUUGAAUUUAUGUUUAACUAUGAUGUUGCCGUUCGUCAAUGAUAUGAAAAAAUUUUUGGACGCUUCUCAUUUCAUCGUGAUCAGCUUUACGUUCUUGUGCAAGUUUCCCUUGUUUGUAUUUUCAAAGGUUAUGAAAAGCAUCGAGAACCAUAUAAAUUCAAUCGAUGUAGCAAAUAUUCCGAUGGAAAUAAUGGAGCAUGUGAAAAAAGAGGAGAACCGCAGAAGCUGGAUAUAUUUCCCACAAAGGUAUGCAGUUCUAGGAAAUUUAGUUCAUAUAUUGUUUUCUUGCUUGCGACACUCAAACGAAAGAACUCUUGUUCUUAUUAGCUGGUCUCCUUUUAACCUGCAGGAUCCCAAAUAUUACUAUUCCACGUUAGUUUUUCAAUCAAUUGCAUACCUGGCAAGCGGAUUACCAAAUGGAUCCAUUGAUAUUACAUACUAUAUUUUAGUAGAUAUAGCAUGCUGUCAAAUGGACAUAUUAGUGUUCAACCUGGCCAAUUUGGAUAAUUCGAAAGGAGAUAUUCAACUAUAUCGGAACUUGAAUAAGAAUAUAUUGAAUCAUAUCGAAAUUAUAAGGAAUUUUCACAAAAUGUAUUCCACUCUCAUCUUCGUGCAAUGUAUUGGAAGUGUAAUGGUCAUUUGCGUUUUAGGAUUUCAAUUGAGUGUUACUAGUGAAAGAGUGACCGAGGCGUGUUAUUUGUCCAAAUGGUACGAAUUCGACUUUAAAGUAAAAAAGUCUUUAUUAAUUUUGAUGACAAGAUGCUCGAAAGCAAUUGUUUUAUCGGCUGGAAUAUUCGAUCUCACCCUAGAAACAUUUACAAUGAUCCUGAGAACGUCCUAUUCUUACAUGGCUGUUAUAAGAACAGUAUUCGGUGAUUAUAUGACAAAAAAACAAUCAACCCCUUGAAUAAAAAUUUUAGAUAGACAUAUGUAGAUACACACUGUUUAAAUAAAUUUU